UUCACUAUUAUCACACUAAUGUUAACGUUAGCUUUGUUGUGUCCUGUGUAGCUGCUGCUAACACACACUCUCUCUCACACACACACACACUUAGAGUUUGUGUCCAGCUCUUCUUUGCUGCUUGUUUUCUCUCAGCGCCACAAAUAAACAAGUAAACAAACACCUGUGUUGCUGUCACGUAGCGUGGACGCUAGCUUCUUCUAACCCAAGCGACCACCGGGUUGUCACAAGUGUGUAACUACAAGUGUUUUCUUUAUUUCUGGUGGAAAAGUUCGGGUUUCUAACUUCACGCUGCUCACGAGACCCCCCCAGGGGAAAUGCACCUCUUUCAGGAGAAGGCAGUUUCACUCUGAAUGCUAAGCGCUAACUAGCUGUAGCCGUGACUAGUUACCUGUUGAUGGAUAACUGCGUAAUAAAAGUUUGUAAAGUUAAGCUCAGUGAAAGGGAAGUUGGGAGGUUUGAGUGCCGUGAUUUCUUUAGGAGCUUCUCCCCCCCCCACGUGCUCGCUGUCCGCCACACUCCCACAGACCAGAGGGAGAUUUCCACCUCCAAACAUCCACCAAACUCCACUUCUUGUAAUUGUAGCGUCGCUUUUUGAGCCGGUGUGUCCUGCUUCGUUCUCUCCUCCACGCCGCGGACUGUCCAUCACUGUUCGCCACCGAGGCUGCCUGUGUGUGCUGUGGAGGCUGCUCUGCGAUAAGGCGGAUAUUCACCUCAGAGUUCAACUUCUCAUUUUUAACUCAAAAGAGGUGACACAAAUUCUACGUUUUAUUCACACCUGUGGCAACGUGGAGUCACACCUCUACAUCGACGCGUUUAUUUAAAACAUUAGCUUUUAUUAGAGCUCUAGUCAAAGUUUGACGUGAGUGCUCGUAUUGAGUCAGAUGGGGUGUGAGUUACAGUUUUCUUUACCGUAAAUAAGCUGAAUAUGCAGAGGACCUCAUUAUCACUUUAAAGAAACAAUUUAUUUUUAAAUGAACAAGCCGCAGUUUUUACUACAGUGCGAAUGUAAAGCUAAUAUGUUUUCAAUAUUUUCAUCAACUUAAUGUUCUCUUAAACUGUCCAAAUAAUAGUUUGCUGAGUAAACAAGUAUUUAGAAUACUUUAAAUUUAUUCCACGUUUUGAUUACAGCAUUUUAUAGCUGGUGUAUUACAGAAUAAAUACACACCAUGCAGUAACCAACAUGAUCAUAUUUUUUACUGUGCUGCUUUUACAUUUAUAUUUAACAUAAACACACGUCUCAUAUACUUAAUCCACACUGAUUUGUUUUUGAUUUAUAAAGUCAUAAUGAAUAUUUUCAGAAUAUUUUAUAUUAAAUAACUAUAAUUAUGUAUGUUUCCUGAGAGUGAAUAGCAUUCAAGUAGGGAUGAAAUAUUACCCUAAUAUUUUACACAGUGAGUCGGCAGCUGGCAACAGCACGACUAAAACCAUCUGAAAAUUUUAACAAAAGGGAAACUGCAGCUUUAACAACCAUUGCUGGCAGUGCUCCCUCCUUCUUGGUCUUUGGAUUAGUCAUUGUCUGAAGGGGGGAAAAAAAACACUUUUUUUGUAGGAGAAGUAAAGUAAACAGCCUCCAACAAGCGAACCUUGACAACCCAGAUUAAGGAAAACAUUGGAGAUCAAACAGUGCUGCUGCUGGGCUGUUGUCAUGAGCUGCCUGAGAGAGAGCUGCAGACUAUUUGAACAGGCACUGGGGUUUGUGUGCUCACUUAUGCAGAAAUGGACCUUCGCAAACGCUGACCCAGGUUUUAAAACGCAGGAUGAACUUUCUUUGCAACUUUUUUUUUUGUUUUCCAGGCUUGCUGUUUUGAUACGGCUAUUACCUUCAGACAUUCAGCCUUCAUCUGAUUCUAAUGGGAACAACCUAACACCGUCCCCCCGCGUCUAGAAACGAGACUGACUGUAGUUUCUGUGCCCCAUGCUGCAAGUGAAUAAAUUGAGUUGGCAGGGAGGAAAGUAAAAGAAACAAAAAAGAGUUUGAAAUUUGAGGAAGAGCAGCUGUAUACAUUUUAAUGACGCAAGAUCCUUAACACUAACCAAUCUGUGAUUUUGUAUUAUCUGGAAAGCCCUUGUUUCUAGUUUGGCCUCUUCAGACUCGGGCUGAGGCUCUUCUUUGUAGAGCGUUGAGGUUCAACUGGUAAGAAAGUAAUCAGUCACUCAUGCAUUCAGUGUGAGGACUCCCAUCCCUGAGUGGAGCAGCCCUCUCUUUCAUCUGACGGUUCAGUAUUUGUGAACACACAUUGAAAUACCCUGUGCUGGGUACGGAGGGGCUGUAAACUGACUGUGCACCCUUGCUUGCAGCUGAAUGAUAAGGAGAGUUAUUUUCGGUCCAGUGUGGGAAUACGGUUCUGCAUUUGCCGUAUUUUAUUUAUAUAAGAUUUAUUUACUGGCUUCACCCUUCACUUGAUUUCAGAUUCAAGAUAACCUCGAACCAGUUGCUUGUAACAAUUUUUUUCUUUUUUUGCACAAAGCAAGUCGAGUGACAGAUAAAUAAAGAGGAUUUUCUAGCAAAUGAAUUUGUCAUGUGAUUUUUGCAUGUUUGAUUCACAACAGCAGAAAAGGGGAAGAAGCAGUGAAUGAAAGUGAUAACAAAAGGAAACGCAGAACGAUAUUUUUUUUCCCAUGGGUAAAGGUUAGUGUGUCCCAGCCCCUGUGGUGUGCCUGGGCAGACGGCUCUCCGUGCCAGGGAAGGCGAUUGGUCAGUGAGGGGGGACAGCUUCAGGGCAACAUGGAAAGGAAGUGAAGUUGACAACUUUGGGAACAAACUAAAAGCCCCUAGUGAAAGUUGAUUACGUCAGAACUACUGGAAGCUGAAUUCUGAUUGGAGGAAUGGAGUGCCAAUCAGUCUAGCACCAGUGAUCAGGCCUGCCGCUCCAGCCAGGAGACUCCAGUGGUGACAUCCUGUGGAGCCACAGAUCAAAGGCGAGGGGGCUGUUUCACCACUGCUGGAACUGAAGAUUGCUUUAAAUAAGCAAGUCCUUGUAGAAGGUUUUUAAGUCAUGAUGCAAGAAUCUGGGACGGAGGCGACGAGUAACGGACCAGCCAGUCAAAAUGGAGGAGCGAGCAUGGAGGGCGGGUCCAGGGAGGGGCGACCCGAGAAUGCCACACCGUCAGUGGAGGUGACUGCGGUUGACCUCCUGCAUCUCCAGCAGCACCAGGCUCUACAAGUGGCUCGGCAGAUACUCCUCCAUCAGCAGCAGCAGCAGCAGCAGCAGCAGCAGCAGCCCCAGUCUCAUCAACUACUGUCUCAACAAAACACUGGCCGCAAAUCCCCCAAAGCCAACGACAAGCAGCAAAGCCUACAGGUUCCAGUGUCAGUGGCUAUGAUGACACCUCAAGUGAUAACUCCACAGCAGAUGCAGCAAAUCCUCCAGCAGCAAGUCCUGAGCCCUCAGCAGCUCCAGGUUCUUCUCCAGCAGCAGCAGGCCCUCAUGUUACAGCAGCAGCAACUCCAAGAGUUUUACAAGAAGCAGCAGGAACAGCUCCACCUCCAGCUCCUACAGCAGCAGCAUGCAGGCAGCAAGCAGAGUAAAGAGCAGCAGGUGUCAGCGCAGCAGUUGGCCUUCCAGCAGCAGCUCCUGCAGGUCCAGCAGGUCCAGCAGCAGCAUCUACUCAACCUUCAGAGUCGGGGUCUGCUCACCAUCCAGCCCGGACAGACCGGCCUGCCACUGCACUCCCUCACUCAUGGCAUGAUUCCAGCUGAGCUGCAGCAACUGUGGAAGGAGGUGACGAAUGCUCAUGUGAAGGAGGAGCACAACAUCAGCAGCAACAAUGGCCACCGGGGCCUUGACCUGUCCUCCCCGGCACCGCCAAAGAACCCACAUCUCAACCAGCACUCCUCCAGCAACGGGCAGUAUAUGAGUCACAAGAGAGAAGGAACCACGCUAGAGGACCAUUCCCACCACAGUCACCCUCUCUACGGUCACGGUGUUUGCAAGUGGCCCGGAUGUGAGGCAGUGUUUGACGAUUUCCACUCAUUCCUCAAGCAUCUUAACAAUGAGCACGCCCUGGAUGACAGGAGCACGGCCCAGUGUCGGGUGCAAAUGCAGGUCGUACAACAGCUGGAGCUGCAGCUAUCGAAAGACAAAGAGCGUCUGCAAGCGAUGAUGACGCACCUUCAUGUCAAGUCCACGGAGCCCAAAGCCACCCCACAGCCGCUCAACCUUGUGUCCAGCAUCACGUUGUCCAAGUCGGCCCCUGCGGCCUCCCCUCCUCUGAGCCUGCCCCAGACCCCGACCACACCCACAACACCCCUCACACCCCUAUCCCAGACCCACUCAGUCAUCACAGCCAACAGCCUCCACAGCAUGGGCCCCAUGCGACGGCGCUACUCGGAAAAGUACAACAUGCCCAUCUCUCCAGAUAUCAUUCAGAACAAAGAGUUUUACAUGAACGCAGAAGUAAGACCGCCGUUCACGUACGCCUCGCUAAUAAGACAGGCAAUCCUGGAGUCUCCAGAAAAGCAGCUAACACUAAACGAAAUCUACAACUGGUUCACACGAAUGUUUGCAUAUUUUAGACGCAACGCAGCGACGUGGAAGAAUGCAGUCCGGCAUAAUCUUAGUCUUCACAAGUGUUUUGUGCGAGUAGAAAACGUAAAAGGGGCUGUGUGGACAGUCGACGAAAUAGAGUUCCAAAAGAGACGGCCUCAAAAGAUCAGUGGAAGUCCAUCCUUAGUGAAAAACAUUCAGACCAGCCUGGGCUAUGGUCCGACCCUCUCUGCUGCCUUCCAGGCUUCAAUGGCAGAAAACAACAUACCUCUAUACACUACUGCUUCCAUUGGAAGUCCUACCCUCAACUCCCUGGCCAACGCCAUCCGCGAGGAGAUGAAUGGAGCGAUGGACCAUGGAAACAGCAACGGCAGUGACAGCAGCCCAGGACGCUCGCCCCUGCCAGCUAUGCAUCACAUCAGGGUUAAGGAGGAACCACUGGACCCCGAAGACCACGAAGGGCCCCUCUCCCUGGUAACGACUGCCAAUCACAGUCCGGAUUUCGAUCACCACAGAGAUUAUGACGACGACCAGGGCCACGAUGACAUGCUGUAAGGCCUAGAGAGCCCCCUCCCCUCCCCAGCCUCAGAGGCCGAGGCAGUCUGGGUCAUCUGGGAGACAGAAGCGCUCCGCAGAUAACAAACACUGAACUGCAGUCUCAGCCACUGAUGACAGCUCUCAAAUGUCUCCAAGUCAACUUUUUAGUGCCAUUACAAUACAUAGCAAAAACACACACACAAACAAAAACACAGAAUACAGCCCACACGAGGCGUCUUUUUUCUGAUUCCUUUCUACUUUUGAUUUAAGUAAAGCUUAAAAAAAGCAAACCUUCCUUUCUACCCAUGUGUCGGAUGGACUUGUUUGGUACGGGGGGGUGACAUGUUCGCGCUCCAACCCAGACCCUUGCCGUGCAGCCAGGACACGCUGCGCUCCGCGGACUGCGAGAGGGGAUGCGUCUCUCCCCCACCUACCCCCCCCACACAAUCUUUCUCCCUCUCUCCCACCCUCCCUCUGUCAGACACACAAAUCCAACCACAAACGGAGGAGAGAGAGACAGACAAUGACUGACGUUUAAUUUACACCGUGUGCGUAGGUGUGUGUGAGGGAGAGCGAGUGCAGACUUCUGUUCAUUGUCACUGCCUUCAACACUUCUCAUUGGUUUGAUUCCAUCUGGGGUGGGAGGGAUGUUGUUUUUAUUCGGGUGUAUUUUGUGUUGGGGGUGAGAGGUUUUUAAAAUAUCAACGUAAUGUUUUUUUGUUUUUUUUUCAUCAUUCAAUGCUGUUAUUGAUGUUGCAUCUUUAUUUUGUUGUUGUUCUUGUUUCUGUAAACUGAUCAGACCUCAUGCCCAUGCUGUGGAGAUUCUGUGUGGUCCGCACUUGAUGAUGAAUGUUUAUGAUUUCUUUUUCACCUUGUUCUUUUUUAAACACACACACAUGAAGCAGAAUGUCUGAUACCGAGCAGUAUUUUUCUGUCAUUUAUUCCAAAAAUCAUCAUGGAAAUGAAAAAAAAAAAAGUCACCGCUCUGACAUGUAGCCCACCCCUCACCCGCUCUUCUUCCUCUUCCUCCUCAUGAAGUCCAUUGGCGAUGCACUACUCAUAAUGAAGGCUCUCUCCACGCAUCAAUGAAGCUUAAUUUAAGAUGCGAAUGAAUGACAGAGAAAUCAUGCAGGUUAUGGUUUAUCCUUAUGAAAUUAUACUUUAAAACAGCCCUCGCCACAGAGCAUGCUUAGCCGCAACACAAUUUCUGAUCACUUACAAGCUCCAGGGUCUUUUUUUUUAUUAUGUAAAAUGAAAAUGUCAGGUGUGCACCGGCGAGAUAAAGAUUUCGACCAAUUAAUUGUGAUUUCAGAACACAACUGUCAUUGUUAAUCAAACUGUGUCUGGCUUUUUCCACUCUGUAAUUUCAUCCAGAGCUUGAAGAUAAAUUCCCACGUAGUUUUAUUUUGUAUCUUGCGCUUUGGUCUGAUCGUUUUUAAGGUUUUAGUGAUUGUUAAUGUAAUUGCACACGCGACAAAAUGCCCCUCUCUCCUUCUUCUUCAAGGGAACAAAGUCCCAGAGACUCGCAAUAAGACCGAAAACGUUGCACAUUCCAGCAUUUGACAGCCACCGUGAAAGGUCCCGGACGUACAGUACCUGCCGUGUUAGAGAGUGUGGAUACCUCGACGUUCAGUGUCACCCAAAAAAAAAAAGCCAAUGAGUUCUAGUCCACGUUGAACUGAGUGAUUUCCACAUGUGGUUUUAUGAUGCAGCAGCAAAAAUUCCAGCUUUGAUAGAUAGUCAAAUUUUAAAGAGACCAUGAAUUUCAAGACUGCAAUCAACCACUUUUAAAUUUGUAUUUAUUAUUAGUAUUAUUAUUAUCAUUUUGUGUUUUAUUUGGCUUUUUUUUUGUUGUUCAUGUGUUUUAUUAUCUUGUUCUGUGACUACCAAAGAUAAACUACAAAGUCAAUGUUGUGUGUUCCAUGCAAUAGCAGAUAGGCCAAAUAUGUCCCCUCCAUUCUCUCCCGCUGGACGACCUCAGCGGCUGUGGUCGAGCCGGUGGCAGACUGAAUCCAGGGCCAAGCUCCUCCAACUCAUUCACUUUUAUUAGAAAAGGACAAAAUAGAACCAAAGGGGGGCGUCCCGGACAGGACAAGCUGCGUUUGGCAGUGACCAAAUCUGAACGGGAGGUGCUGACAGUCUGAUACAUGAUGAUGACCAAAUUAGGGAAACUUUUUUGUCUUUGGGCCAGUGAGUGGAAAAAGGGAGCUUCUUGGUCAGGAACAGAUUUGUGCGCAACAUAAAGGGUAUGUACUGUAGAUAACGCUGAAAAAAAAAUGUACUGGCAAAUGGGAAAAGCUUUGCAGAGAACAAUGUGAAAUGGAUUCUAUACUUCAACUGGACCACACGAUGAUUUGUUGUUUCUCUUCUUUUUCUUUCUUUACAUGUUUGUAUCCUUUGAAAUGAUUGUAUGCCACUUUUUAGGGGUUUUAGUGUCUUUAUGAGGGAAGACUUUAUGAUUGUGUUUAGUUUCUGUCAACUUAUUACUUUUUAUAUUAAAAAACACUCCUGUCAACUAAUAAGCUGGGUACAAGGUACUUUAUGGCAGUUAUUGUUAUCUCUUUUUUUUUUUUUGUUCACCGCUCAUUAACUAAAAAGGGGCAAUCUGUGGUUUCCAGAAGAUGUAUUUAAUACCAGGCAGCUGUGGGAUGGGUCAGUCACAGCCGGGCUCGGAUCGUGAGAACGCGGGCCGAGCUCAUCCACAAACACCCCCAGUCAUCAUGCAGGCUGGUUUGUUUGGUAUUCAGAGAGGAGGACCAGCGCUGGUAGAUUAGAACAUUCUCAGCAUGUGUAGCCUGACAUUACUAAAGAUAACAGCAUGAGAAAAAGCCGUUAGUACGCAUACCUCAUUUCAAACCUAUAGGGAAUGAUUCAAUUAAUCGAGAGAGAGAAAAUAAAUAGAAAUAAACAAACAUUUCACUCAGUUGCACUUAGUCGUAUGUCUUGCAUGUGUAGUCUGAUACUGUAGAAAGAAAAAAAUGAUAAAAAGAGAAAAAAAUGAAAAAUGAAAUUAGAGCUUGUUUAUCUUAAAAGGUUUCAUCCUUUUUUUUGCCAAACCAAUUCAAACCUCAGGCCUUUUGUUGGUGGAAAUAUCAUCCAGCUGUGUGUGGCACAUUCAUCCUGUCUGUCCUCUGAUGGGUUGUUUUAAGGGCGUUCCAAUAUUAGGUUGUACAUACAUGUCACUGUAGCCUUUGUCUUCUCCUCUCCUGUCCUUUCCUCUCUCUUUUUCUCUCUCUCCCUCUUUUCUUUUGUUUAAGAUAAAGAAAUACAUUUGUGUUAUGAUGUUUGCUUUAUCGCCACUGCUUUGUAUUAACUAUGAAAAAGCUAUGAGAAAAAAAAAACUGCUGUAUGUAUUGGAAUAGCAAACUGUGCUGCAAAUGUAUUUUACUUAGUAAUCCUUGCUUUAAAAAAAAAAAAAGAAAUUAAAAAAAAUCACAUCAUCCUUGCAGACAUGUGGGUGAGCUGGGCAGGGGCAGGCCGGGGGGGAGAUUAUCCCCCAUUUUGGAUUUUAAACUGUAAUAUAAAAAACAGACUUUUCUCUGUUAUCAUUGACCGAAGCAUUUUGUACAGAAUUCCCCCCUCUUUGUGUUAAAGCUGUUUUUUGAUACUUCCUUUUGAUGGUCCAACCACUGCCUUCUGUGGCUCCAUGGGAAAGAUUACUGCUCUGAGAAAAAAGGGCACACAGGUAUAUUUCCUCUACGAGACGGUGGUAUCUUGCAUGACUGAUACCAGGGUCACAGAGAUGUUGGGUGGGUGGGUAAUGUUUUAAGUGGUCAGUAAUAACAUAAGGGUGUAUCAAUCUAAUGAUAUUUUAUAUGAAAUUAAUAGGAAACAGAAGAAAAAUAUGCAGUGCCAAGAUGUAAAGAAUAUUGUUAAAUGCUUUCUUUUGUUUCCUUUUCUUUGUUGUUUGAGAAAUUUCAUGUCCUUCAUUCAUCAGAGACGUGUUCUCCUCAUCAUCUGUCUCCUCAUCCAGGUAAAAGACACGUUUUUAUUUAUAUAUAUAUAUAUAAAUAUAUAUAUAUAUUUUGUUUUUUGUUAAUUGAGCAAGCACAGCGGGCAGGUCAGAGGUGGAGGCUCCCGAGUCUAACGUCCUGCAAACUGAGGCCGUGGUGGCCACACCCGGACAUCACACGUUGGCACCCGAGCUAAAACACGCCAUUGUCUCAACCAUCAGCGACCAUCCAGCCUGCUGUCAUUCCGUCCCCCCUCCUCCUCUUUUCUCCUUCUCUCACAUCACACUCUUUAUUUUCUCCACAUGGAGGGGGUGGUAGGGAGAGAUGGGGGGUAGCAGCCGAGGAGCUGUCACGGUGCUCUCAUCCUGCAGCAGCAGCUUGUCUUUCUUUCUCUUUCUUUCUUUUUCUUCUUUGAAGAUGUACUCUGUAGUUUCUGUUUUUUUAUAGAGAAAUAUUAUUGCUCAUCAUUUCCAUCGGUGUGUAACCUCCUCAUCAUUCCUCGUGUGUCUGAUGCAGACCACUCUGUUGUAGUCAGUGGCGAUGACUGACGUGAGCAUUCUAAACAUGCAAUAAAAUGCUGGUUGUUCAGACGAA